CGCAGCUUAGUUAUGGACAGUUAUGGACUCUGGUGACGGCAGGUUGCGACAAACUCAAGGCCAUUGAAAAUGAUGUACACCGUUUUGAGGAUAAUUACAUGGUUUCAAUGCAUAUUACAGUUUCAAUGAAACCGUCAAACAGAUAAGUAAGUGAAGACGUCACCCAUCUUAUUUAGAAAGUAAAUUACAUUAUGUUUUUUUACUUUUUUACAUAGAAAAUUACAAACAUUUCUAUUAAGGUUAGAAGUUGUAUAUUAGUUGAAUUGCUAUUUACCAUAUCUUAUUUAAAUGUUUCGCAAAUUUAAUACUGUGCGGUUAGUUUUUGGUGCUGCAUAUUCGUCCACAGAGGCAUCUGUUAUUCCAGCUAAACUAUCCAGAGUGGAACAGUUUAGAGAAUUAUUAGACAGCACAUCUAAUAAUGAUAUUCUUACGGAUUCAUUUGGAAGACAUCACACUUACUUACGUAUUUCAAUUACUGAACGUUGCAAUCUGCGAUGUUUAUAUUGUAUGCCAGCAGAAGGGGUUAAGCUAACAAAAAAUGAUGGUAUUUUAAAAACAGAAGAAAUAAUUAAAAUAGCAGAUUUAUUUGUCAAAGAAGGUGUACGCAAAAUACGUUUAACUGGUGGUGAACCAACUGUUAGGAAAGAUAUUGUUAACAUUAUUGCUGGCUUAAAACAGUUGCCUGAUUUAAAGCAGGUUGCAAUCACUACCAAUGGGUUAACAUUAACACGUCAGUUACCUGCUUUACAACAAGCUGGGUUAGAUGCAUUAAAUAUUUCGUUAGAUACUUUAAAAGAAAAUCGUUUUGAGCAAUUCACCCGUAGGAAAGGUUGGUCUAGAGUUAUAGCUGCAAUAGACCUGGCUGUUCAGUUGGGUUAUAAUCCUGUGAAGGUGAAUUGUGUUGUAAUGAAAGGUUUUAACGACGACGAACUAAUCGAUUUCGUAAAUUUAACAAAGGAUCGUCCAAUUGAUGUGCGUUUCAUUGAGUACAUGCCUUUUCAAGGAAAUGAAUGGAAUCAGAAUAAAAUGCUUUCCUUUAAUGAUAUGAAAACAAUUAUUAGGGAUGUAUAUCCCGAGCUACAACGUCUUCCAAAUGAAUUCAAUGAUACAUCGAAAGCAUAUCAUGUUCCUGGAUUUACAGGACAAAUCGGAUUUAUUACGUCUAUGAGCGAACAUUUUUGUAGUUCAUGUAAUCGAUUGAGGAUAACAGCAGAUGGAAAUUUAAAAGUAUGUUUGUUCGAGGGAAAAGGUGAAGUAUCCCUCAGAGAUGCUUUACGCAACGGAGCGUCUGACGAUGACUUGAAGGAAAUAAUCGGAGCUGCGGUACGACGUAAGAAAAAGCAGCAUGCAGUUGAAAAGAUACGCGUACACGUCAGAAGUGAUAAGAAUUCACGAAACAAUAAGUCGCGUAAUUUAACAGGCGCGAGAAUUUCGUUAAAGAAUUAUGCAAGCAUAAGACUAUUCUCUUCGUUGUCGCACGUGGACGAAAGCGGUAAAGCAAGCAUGGUAGACGUUGGUUCGAAAAUUGAAACUAAACGCGUCGCGAUUGCGAGAGGAAUCGUACAGGUUGAUUCGACUAUAAGUAAAUUGAUAAACGAGAAUAAUAUAAAGAAAGGGGACGUAUUGUCUAUAGCACAGUUGGCGGGAAUUAUGGGAGCUAAACGUACCCCUGAUUUGAUACCCUUGUGUCAUCAACUUUCGUUAUCCUACGUGAACGUGCACUUGCAUUUAAACGCAGAAUUACAUCGAGUAGAAAUUACAGCAGAAGUUAGGUGUACUGGUAAGACUGGUGUAGAAAUGGAAGCUUUAACGGCCGUAACUAUUGCGGCAUUAACAGUAUAUGAUAUGUGCAAAUAUGCGGCUUCUCCGAAAUCGAUGAAAAUAACUAACAUAGAACUAGUUUCAAAAACCGGUGGUACCAAGGGUGAUUUUAUUAGGAAUUAACCAUUCCAAAUUACCGCAUAAUAUAUGUACAAUCGAGGGAUUCUGUAGUGUAUUAUAUGGGCUACAGUACUAUUUAACUCGUUAAACGUUUAUGUACGUUUCUAUUUUCUCAUUAUACAUACAAUUGUUAUUGUUAAAAGGGUUUGUACCGAUAUACGUGCGCAUGUACCUCGAAGAAUAAGGAAUUUUAUUUAAUCAACGUAUACCGGAUCAUUGUUAUGCAAGAACGUAAAGUUCGGUUCUUGUACAUUUGGUUAUACAAUUGUUUUGUAAUCUUUACAAAAAAUAUGAAUGGUAAUCGGUGUAUGUAUUUGUUGAAUUCUUAUUAAAAUGUUAAAUUAUAA